AUGUUUGUCGCGUUGGCCGUUCAAUUCGUUUAUAGAUAUUUUGCAAUGACGAAAAACCCAAAUAUAUGCCUAUUCAAUUCAUGGAGAAUGUCGUUAUGGUAUGCCGCAAUGAUCUCUAUCUCGAUAUGCUUUGGAAUUAUAGCUUUCAUUUGUGGAUAUCUAAUGGAAGGAGCAAGAGUGGACGGGUUUAGAGAAUCCUUAUUCUCCACAUUCGAGCUCCCGGAGAACUCAACUGUCUACUAUUCUCGUAUGACCUAUUACAGCACAGUACCAUGCAUAUUCCUGUACUUCCCAUCACUUAUCUACUUCAUUUUUCCUAUUUUCAACAUAGAACUUGGACUUUUCUCCAAUAUAGCUGGUAUAACUUUUGUGAUCUACCCUGUACUCGACCCGUUAGCGGUCAUCUACGUCAUCAAGCACUACCGAUGUUUUGUUUUCAAACUCUUCUGUCUCAGUCACAAAAUCCAACCAAACAUUGAUGCUGAACAAGAACAAAAUGACGUGGCGAUGGCGUCAGAAGUGGAAGUGAGAACAGAAGGAAAUAAUGAGAUAUUCAUGUCUUUCAAUAGAAUUUCAUCUGAAUAA